AUGGCCGACACAGAGAAACCAAAUGCAUCGGACAACAAGCCCCAUCACCAUCUCAAUACCGAUGUUGAGCACUCAUCCGGCGAGAACCAGUCGGCCAAAGAGGCGAACGACCCCAAUGUGGUGAAUUUUGAUGGUCCUGACGACCUAGAGAACCCCCAUGAACUGGUCGACUGCGAACAAAACGGUAGCAAUUGCCAUCGUGUCGAUGAUGACAAUGCUCUCGUCAAUUGUGUGCUUUCUCCAUCUGGCGCCCUCUUAAGAUGCUCAUGUCUCCCAUUGUCCUUUUGUUGUCAUUGGACGCCGCCGUUGUCUAUAGCUAUCUAUACCUGUGCUUCACUACCUUCCCUCUCGUCUUUGGUGGCCAGUAUGGCUUCACAGGGCGAUGUGGUUCAAGUCAACAACAACGUCAUGCAUCGGGAUAAGGACGUGUGGGGGGAGGAUGCCGAUGAGUUCAAAUCGGAACGAUGGUUUGGACUUCGUCCGUACUGGGACUUCGUACCCCACAGUGGUGGUCCUAGACGUUAUCCUGCUCAGCUGUUAGUCACAACUGAGGCCAGCUAUGUCGUUGCGCGAUUCUGUCAGCGCUCUAAGGCAGUUGAGAACCGCGACGUUAACGGCUAUAUUCCUAUCAUGCGAGCGGGCCCUGUGGACUCAAAUGGCGUCAAGAUUGCGGUCACGCCUGUCUAG